AUCCAUGCUCUUCUUCAUCUUUCACCCGACUCCACCUUUUUCAUGACUCUCUCUCUCUAACAGAAAUGCACCCUAGCAGCUUCCAGUUGAGACAAGUCCGAGGAAGAAGAGGAGCAAGGAGGGUGAAUCACUCUCUCCAGUGAUCAAUACUCCCGCCGUACUCCCCGAUUCUGAAGCAUGGAGAAGCACACGGAUAAUGAAGAGAGGGAAUUUAAGAAGAAUUCGAGGAAGAGACAGCUCAAGGCGAUGCUUCGCAAGAACUGGCUCCUCAAAAUCCGCCAUCCCUUUGUCACCUGCGCUGAGAAAGGUCACAUCGGAAAGUAUAUGCUUUUGAUUUUUCUACCAACUGUUGUCAUGCUGUUGCUGAUAGCUGUGAGAAGACAGUCUGACACUCAAAUCCAUCCAGCACAGCCGUAUAUCCGGAAAGGGAUGUUCACAGAAAUAGGGAAAGGUGAUAAGUCCGCAACUUUCAAUCAAGUCCUGGAACUAUUGAUGGCCAAGAAUGAGUAUUUGGCUUUUGCGCCAGAUACCAACGAGACAAGGAUGAUGAUCAAUAUUCUCUCUCUUAAAUUUCCUCUGCUGCAGGCUGUUACUAGAGUUUACAAUGAUGAAGAAGAGCUCGAAACAUAUAUACGGUCAAAUGAUUAUGGAAUGUGUGGUCAGAAGAAUUGUACAAACCCAAAAAUUAAAGGAGCCAUUAUAUUUCAUGAGCAAGGCCCUCAAGUGUUUGAUUAUAGCAUACGCCUAAAUCAUACAUGGGCAUUCUCAGGAUUUCCUAAUGUUGGCACCAUCAUGGACACAAAUGGCCCUUUUCUGAAUGACUUGGAAUUAGGCGUGAAUCCUGUACCAAUCCUGCAGUACAGCCUAAGCGGAUUUUUCACUCUCCAACAAGUCAUGGAUUCGUUCAUUAUAUAUGUUGCUCAACACAUUUCGACAAACUCAUCACUCUUACAAUGGGGCUCUUCUGGUACACAUUUUCCUGCAUCAAUACCUUGGACUCAGUUUAGUCCUUCAAAUAUAAGAACUGUUCCAUUUCCAACUCGUGAAUAUACUGAUGACGAGUUCCAAUCCAUAGUCAAGAAAGUUAUGGGAAUCAUGUACUUGCUGGGAUUUCUCUACCCAAUCUCCCGCCUCAUAAGUUAUUCCGUCAUAGAAAAGGAGCUGAAGAUUAAAGAAGGCCUAUUCAUGAUGGGGCUCAAAGAUGAGAUAUUCCAUCUCUCUUGGUUUUUGACAUAUGCAUUGCAGUUUGCAGUUUCUUCUAUGACCAUUACUCUCUGCACUAUGAGUACCCUCUUCCAAUACAGUGACAAAUCACUGGUGUUUGCCUACUUCUUUGCUUUUGGACUCAGUGCAAUAACACUGUCCUUUCUGAUCUCUACAUUUUUCACACGGGCAAAAACUGCAGUAGCUGUGGGGACACUUGCUUUCCUUGGGGCAUUUUUCCCUUAUUACACCAUCAAUGAUGAGACUAUUUCCAUGGUAUUAAAACUGAUGGCUUCAUUCCUUUCACCCACAGCAUUUGCCUUGGGCUCUAUCAACUUUGCAGACUAUGAGCGCGCUCAUGUUGGACUCAGAUGGAGUAACAUUUGGCGGGAGUCCUCAGGAGUUUGUUUUUUGCUCUGCCUCUUGAUGAUGUUAGUUGAUACAGUACUUUAUGCUGCUAUUGGCAUCUAUCUAGAUAAGGUUCUUAGUAGGGAGAGUGGAUGGCACUUCUCAUGGAACUCUACAUUCUGGAAUUCAUUUCAGAGGACAGGAAAUAGCAGAGAGCAUGAUGCUUCGACCCCAGAAGUCAGUUUAACUUACAACUCUGAUAAGGAAAGCUCAAAUCUACAUAGAGAAGAGAUAUAUAAACCAGCCAUGGAACCUAUCAGUUUGGAAAUGAAACAACGCGAAAUGGAUGGAAGAUGUGUAAAGAUCAGGAAUUUGCAGAAGGUGUAUAGUACUGAUAGGGGAAAAUGUUCUGCUGUUAAGUCCUUACAACUGACCUUAUAUGAGAAUCAGAUUCUUGCUCUUCUAGGACACAAUGGAGCUGGUAAAAGCACAACACUAUCAAUGCUUGUCGGUCUUCUUCCUCCUACCUCUGGGGAUGCUUUGGUUUUUGGAAAAAACAUUUUAACUGACAUGGACGAGAUACGGAAGAGCUUGGGUGUUUGUCCUCAAUAUGACAUUCUUUUUCCAGAAUUAACUGUGAAGGAACAUCUGGAAAUUUUUGCUAAUGUAAAGGGAGUGAGUGAAGACACGAUCGAUAAUCUUGUAACAGAAAUGGUGGAUGAAGUUGGCUUAGCAGACAAACUUAAUACUGUAGUAAGAGCUCUUUCUGGAGGAAUGAAAAGGAAGCUAUCACUUGGGAUAGCACUAUUAGGAAACAGUAAAAUAGUUGUUCUUGAUGAACCAACCAGCGGGAUGGAUCCUUAUUCCAUGCGAUUGACCUGGCAGCUGAUAAAAAGGAAAAAGAAAGGAAGAAUAAUCUUACUAACUACUCAUUCCAUGGAUGAAGCUGAUGUCUUAGGGGAUAGGAUAGCUAUAAUGGCCAAUGGUUCUUUGAAAUGUUGUGGAAGUUCUCUCUUCUUAAAGCAUCACUACGGAGCUGGUUAUACCCUCACUUUGGUUAAGACUGCACCCGGAGCCACUGCAGUUGCCGAUAUUGUAUACCAGCACAUUCCAUCUGCUAAAUGCAUAAGUGAAGUUGGAACAGAGAUAUCCUUCAAACUUCCUCUCACGUCCUCAUAUUCUUUUGGAAGCAUGUUUCGUGAACUAGAGUGCUUUAUGAAAAGGUCCACUUCUAAAUCUAACAUUGAUAGCUGUGGGGAAGAAGAUGUGGGCAUUGAAAGCUUUGGCAUAUCUGUCACAACUCUGGAGGAAGUAUUUUUGAGAGUGGCUGGGGGUGAUUUUGAUGAAGACGAGAGCCAUGAGGAGAGAGAAAUUCUAGUCGCACGUGAUACUGCUGUGUUGGGAGCCUGCCAGUCUUAUGCACCAAAAAGAUUCUACCAUUCUAAGUCAUGUGGAAGCUAUUUUAGCAUUAUGUGUUCUAUAGCCACCAUAAUUGGAAGAAUUUCUUAUCUAAUCUUGACUACAGUUUUAAGUGCUUUUAGGUUCUUAAGUAUGCAGUGCUGUUGCUGCUGUAUAUUUUCAAGGUCAAUGUUUUGGAAACAUUCAAAAGCAUUAUUCAUAAAGAGAGCAAAGUCUGCUCAGAGAGAUAUGAAAACAAUUGUUUUCCAGCUUCUAAUUCCUGUCGUCUUUUUACUUUCUGGGCUACUAUUUCUUAAGCUUAAGCCACAUCCUGAUCAGCAGUCAGUCACCUUUACAACUUCGUACUUUAAUCCUUUACUAAGUGGGGGAGGCGGUGGAGGCCCAAUUCCUUUUGAUCUUACCUGGCCUAUUGAAAAGGAGGUCGCAAAUUAUGUUAGGGGAGGAUGGAUACAAAUGUUUCAACAAACGACAUAUAGAUUCCCCAAUUCUGGGAAGGCAUUAAGUGAUGCUAUUGAGGCAGCUGGGUCUACCUUGGGACCUGCACUGCUUUCUAUGAGUGAAUAUCUGAUGUCUAGUUUCAAUGAGUCAUAUCAAUCGAGGUAUGGAGCAAUUGUAAUGGAUAAUCAGCAUGAUGAUGGCAGUCUAGGAUACACUGUCCUGCACAAUAGCUCUUGUCAGCAUUCUGCUCCAACCUUCAUCAAUGUGAUGAAUUCAGCAAUACUCAGGCUUGCUACGCAAAAUGAGAAUAUGACAAUUGUUACACGUAACCACCCUUUACCUAUGACUGAAAGUCAACACCAACAACACCAUGAUCUGGACGCGUUUUCUGCAGCAGUUGUUGUUACCAUUGCAUUUUCCUUUAUUCCUUCCUCAUUUGCUGUUGCAAUUGUAAAGGAACGUGAGGUAAAAGCAAAGCAUCAGCAGCUAAUUAGUGGGGUGUCUAUACUUUCAUAUUGGGCUUCAGCAUAUAUAUGGGACUUCAUCAGCUUUUUAUUUCCCUCUUCCUUUUCCCUGAUCAUCUUUUGCAUCUUUGGACUUGAUCAAUUUGUUGGAAAGGAUUCUCUCUUCCCUACUGCUCUCAUGUUUUUGGAAUAUGGACUAGCUAUUGCUUCAUCAACAUAUUGCCUUACAUUCUUCUUCUCGGAGCAUAGCAUGGCACAAAAUGUGGUGCUCUUGGUUCAUUUCUUUACCGGGCUCAUACUCAUGAUUGUAUCGUUUAUAAUGGGUCUAAUCGAGUCAACAACACAUCUCAAUUCUCUUCUCAAGAACUUUUUUAGAUUGUCUCCUGGAUUUUGCUUUGCUGAUGGCCUAGCUUCACUAGCCCUUCUACGACAAGGGAUGAAGACCGACUCUGAUGAUCAUGUUCUUGAUUGGGAUGUGACUGGUGCCUCUCUUUGUUAUCUAGCUGUGGAGGCCUUCGCGUAUUUCCUUUUAACGCUUGGGAUUGAGUAUUUUUCACAUCGAAGGAUGACUCUAUCAAUACUUUAUGAAUGGUGGAAAGGAUCAAAAGAGGCUGUGUAUGCAACUUUUGGUAGCUCCUCAGAACCUCUUCUACAAUCAUCUGUAGAUGUAACUCCUGAACUCGAUGAGGACGUAGAUGUUCAAACAGAGAGAGUUCGCGUGCUAUCAGGCUUGACAGACAAUGCAAUCAUAUGCUUGUGUAACCUACGGAAGGUAUAUGAUGGAUGUAAGAAUCAUGGACCUAAAAUUGCAGUCCAUUCGUUGACCUUCUCAGUCCAAGAAGGGGAAUGCUUUGGUUUUCUAGGGACAAAUGGCGCUGGGAAGACAACAACUCUGUCAAUGCUAUGUGGAGAAGAACAACCAAGUGAUGGAACUGCAUUUAUUUUUGGCAGAGACAUAUGUUCAAACCCAAAGAUUGCUCGUAGAGACAUUGGAUAUUGUCCGCAAUUUGAUGCUCUACUAGAAUUCUUAACAGUCCAAGAACAUCUUGAGCUCUAUGCAAGAAUUAAAGGAGUACCAGAGUAUGAGCUAGACGAUGUUGUUAUGGGAAAGUUAGUGGAGUUUGACCUGUUGAAGCAUGCUAAUAAGCCAUCUUUUGCCUUAAGUGGAGGGAACAAGCGGAAGUUGUCUGUUGCAAUUGCAAUGAUCGGAAAUCCACCUAUUGUAAUCCUUGAUGAGCCCUCUACUGGAAUGGAUCCUAUUGCCAAGCGUUUUAUGUGGGAAGUUAUAUCUCGUCUGUCAACUAGAUGUGGAAAGACAGCUGUCAUCCUUACAACUCACAGCAUGAAUGAAGCUCAAGCUCUCUGCACAAGGAUUGGGAUUAUGGUUGGAGGAAAGCUGAGAUGCAUCGGAAGUCCGCAACAUUUAAAAACACGUUUUGGGAAUCAUCUAGAGCUUGAGGUCAAACCAAUUGAGGUCAGCUCAAAUGACUUGGAAAAUCUAUGCCAGCUAGUUAAAGAGAAACUAUUUGACCUUCCUCCCCUUCAAAGGAGUAGAGUUGAUGGCAUCGAAGAGUGUAUGGGAAAUAUAGAGUCCCAUACAUCUGUUGCAGAGAUUAGCUUAACAGCAGAGAUGAUAAUGACACUUGGAAGCUGGCUUGGCAAUGAAGAGAGAGUAAAAGAAAUUGCAUGUGCACCUGUUGAUUCUUCUGGUCGAGUUGAGCAAUUAGUAGAGCAGUUAGUUCGGGAUGGAGGAAUUCCGCUUCCAAUAUUUUGUGAGUGGUGGUUGGCUAAAGAGAAGUUUUCAGCAAUUGAUGCAUUCGUCCAAUCUUCAUUUCCUGGUGCAGCAUUUCAAGGCUGUAAUGGGUUGAGUGUCAAGUAUCAGUUGCCAUAUGGAGAAGAUAUCUCGCUGGCGGAUGUAUUUGGGCACAUAGAGAUGAACAGAGACCAGUUGGGGAUUUCAGAAUAUAGCGUGGGUCAGUCCACACUUGAGACAAUCUUCAAUCAUUUUGCAGCCAACUCUGCCUGCUGAACUCCGGGUUACCCUCAUGAAAGACUGCCAGGCUGUUCACUCAUUGACCCUUCCAGCCCCUAAACAAAGGUAUAUAUACUCCGUCCAUGUCCCCCCUCCUGUUUUGAAUUGGUCACAAUUUGGCAGGAGCGGAGCGAGCACUGCUUAGUUGGUAUAUAAGAUAUGAUGAUUGAUGAAUACACACACGUAAAUAUAACAAUGCGAAAAUAUUUGUCCCACAAAGAUAGUUGAGUUUCAAUAUCGAACACGCUAUCCGUGCUUUAUUUUAUUCUCUAUUAUUCUCCAUCUGCGUGUAAAAAGCUUCGCCCUUUCCCUUUUCGUUCGUCCCAAACACCCAAGUUUUUUUAUGAGAGGGAGGGAGUAUGUAUGUAAACCUAAAUACACCAUUCCACCUAUAUAAUUAAUUAAUGUCACAUAAGGGCAUUUGAAAUGUAUGU